AUGUUGUCGCGUCUCAGCUCGCGGCAGGGUCGGGAAGGAGACGACCGGCUGGGCUUGGCAGAGACAGACAACGCGGGGCGCGUGCAAACCUAUCUGGAGCGGGCGACGGAAGAGACAAAGAAUCUCAGGGCCUAUGCAGAGGCUACUUCCUCGCGAGCCUUCUUCGACCUAGAUGCAACGCUUCAGGUCCCGUCCUUGGUGGAGGACAUGGUCGCUCGGCUGAACGCCUUCGCCAAGACCAGAGGGUUUUCCCUGGAUGCGCAGACUGCGCAGACAGCGACCACGCCCGUAGAUUGGGACUUGCACAUCUCGGAGGUUGCCAGCCAACUUGAUCGGGAGUUCCAUCCAGAUGGAAAGCCCCGUAGCACACAGCUGGAAUCGAAAAUCGACCUGAAGUCUUCGCUCCGAGACCUCGGCUUCACCAGCUCGCUAGGUAAGAAGAAGGGCGUGCGAAAGAGGACGAAAGACGACUUCAAAGCCAAACUUCCUCUCGUGCUGCGGUAUCCAAAGCUCUUCAAUUUGUUCUGUGUGGCGGUCUACUUUGCUGUCGGCUUCGUGGUGCUCUCUUCACAGGAAGACUGGGAACCGUCAACUGUUCUGUACGUCGUCGCGCAAAUUGUGACAACCAUUGGCUACGGUGAUGUGACAGUCCACCAUGGAGGAAAAGUUUUUAUGACGCUCUACGUGCUGCUGGGGAUACUGCUUGUGGCGGAUGCCAUAAACAACUUCUUUGACACCGUGCUCGACAAGGCAGAGACCGAGCUCGAGGACGUGAUGAAGAACGUUGAGUCGGCGGUUGGCGGGUCGCCAGAUCCUUUCAGAAAUCCGUCUCCGAGGCAUCAGGCCUGGCUUGAUCUGACGAUAGCUGUGGUGACCUAUGCGGUUUCCGUGCUCAUCUGGGUCGCAUUCUUCUCCACCUACGAAAGCUGCACUUGCAUCGUUGGUGGUCAGCACCUGCCGGGCUGUGUGGAAGAUGAUUGCGAAGCCACAGGAGGCCAGAAACUCACCGUCGUGGACGCGACAUACAUGGCAGUCAUAACAUUCUCCACGGUUGGCUUUGGUGAUUUCACUCCAUCAACCUACCUGGGUCGAAUUCUUGGCUCUGUUUGGAUGGUGAUGGGAACGCUGGCCUUCGCCAACUUAGUUGGAGCGGUAUCCAAAGUGCUGCGUGGAAAGCGCCAGGAGUAUUUCAAGAAGUGCGUGGUGACGCGAGAUAUGUUCAAGGUCAUUGACGAGGAUGGUUCUGGUCGCAUCGACCGUCUGGAGUUCCAUAAUUGGGUUCUGGUCAGAGAGGGCAAGGUCGCUCGCGAAACGCUGGAGCAAAUAGACAAGCUUUUCGACUCUCUCGACAAGGACGGCAGUGGCAGACUGAGCUUCGACGAAAUCAACGGCAAGUUCGAGCAAGCCGAGCAAAGAUUGUUUCACCUUGCACUAGUCGGGCUGCGUAUUCAACGCAAAAUGGAGAAAGGCACUGAUCCGGCACCCAACACCGGGUUUUCCUGGGCCAAGGACAGCUCGGCAGGAAUCUGGGACGACUCGGAAGGUCUUUCGGACCCGUGGUCCAUGUGGGGCACCAAGCCAUACUGGGGCUCCAAGCAGUCGGAGAGCAUCUCAAUGCCGCUUUCACUUCGACACCUCAGUAAUUGGAGGUGGGAUUCGAAAUUCUCGGCUUUCGGUGAGUAUUCCGAACAAUCGGAGUAUUCAAGCGACUGGAGCCAGGAGCAGGUGCUGUCCACGAACAUCCAGCGAAGCCCGAACCAGCCUUGGCAGACCGGCAUGACCAUGUUCGCUUCGCUGCCUUCCGAGCCGAGAGAAAUCCUGGUGGUGAACAGCAAAAGCAGUGGAUCCUACGAAUCUCUUUGUCGGGACUCUCAAACAGCCGACGUUGUGGCCUUCGAUUCGGAGUGGGUGCCGGACUUCGGAUACGGCUCAGACAACCCCAUCUCGGUCUUGCAGCUGGCAUUUCCAUCUUCACAACGAGUCUAUGUGGUGCAGCUUGGCCCUUUGGGCAAGAAGCUGCCGCAGGAAGUUCAGCUCAUGCUCGUCAACCCAGACGUGCUGAAAGUGGGCUUCGCGGUGAAUUCUAAGGAUGCCCAGAAGCUGAUGCGAACGGGCAUUGCUGUAACACAGGGCUCUGUUGUGGAUGUACAGGAGACGUGUGCCAGUCGAAUGGGCUUGGCAUGGGGAUCUGAGCAGUCUCUGAGUCUGCGGCGCGCUGCCAGCACCCUCCUCCGCUGUGAGCUUCUGAAGGAAAGCAGAGGGGCUCCGGUUCGAUUUGGGAGCCAGCCGUGUGGGAGAUUUUCGCUCUCUGCGUACCUUUCAUGUAACCCCUUGUGUUUUCGCGGAGCCCAUCAAUGCCUUGAGUGA